AUGGAAAAAACACAGAUCGCUAAGGUUGACAAUGUGACCUUGGCCCGUCGCGGCGUUCAAGUCGACGGUACCCUCCACCUAACCCCUCACCACCUCAUUUUCUCCCAUUUCCCGCCCAUCUCUAGCGAAGACCAGGCCAAGGGUGUAACGGUCAGACCGAAAGAGCUUUGGAUUACCUACCCUAUAAUUGCUUUUGGAACCUUGCGACUGGUUCCCGCGGCCUCCCGCCAGCUAUCUUCCAUCCGUCUUCGAUGCCGUGAUUUCACGUUUGUCUGCUUCUAUUUCGCCAACGAGCUAAAGGCACGUGAGGUCUUUGAGAGCAUCAAACAAUGGACUUGCAAGUCCGGUCGGCUGGAUAAACUGUAUGCUUUUUCCUACCAGCCUCUGGCUGCCGAGAAAGAGUUUAAUGGAUGGGAGUUGUACAAUCCUCGGAGAGAGUGGGCGCGUCAGGGCCUCCUAAAAGGGGAGUCAGGCUGGCGUGUAUCAGAAAUCAAUACUGAUUACAGUUUCUCUCCAACAUAUCCGGCGUUGAUUGCUGUACCCUCCUCCAUCUCAGAUAAUACGAUAAAUUACGCAAGUCGAUACCGUUCCAGAGCGAGAAUUCCUGCUCUCACAUACUUUCAUCCCGUGAACAGCUGCACCAUUACCAGAAGCUCGCAGCCCCUUCUGGGUGUACGCCAAAACCGCAGUAUCCAAGAUGAGAAGUUGCUUGCUACCAUCUUCUCAACAUCUCGAUCGGAACGACCUCUGGCUAGCUUCGCUCACCCUACUCUUGAAAAUGAGCAAUCAGAUUCUAGCCAUGGUAGCUCAGACUGGAACGAAACAGGCCCUGGCAUGUCCAAUGCUGAAGAUAUUAAAGACGACAUGCUAGACCCUGAAGCUCAGCGCCUUGUAUAUGGUGCACAGCAAUCAAAUCUCAUUGUGGAUGCACGGCCUACAGUGAAUGCACUUGCAAUGCAAGCUGUUGGUAUGGGUUCUGAGAAUAUGGAUAACUAUAAGUUUGCCACCAAAGUGUAUCUUGGCAUUGACAACAUCCAUGUUAUGCGUGAUUCUUUGAACAAAGUUGUUGAUUCCCUGAAAGAGACAGAUGUCACUCCCCUUGGUCCUAACCGUGAUCAACUAGCGAGAAGUGGAUGGUUGAAGCACAUUGCUGGUAUUUUGGAAGGAGCCAAAGUGAUUGCCCGUCAAGUUGGAUUGCAGCAUUCUCAUGUUUUAAUUCACUGCUCUGAUGGAUGGGAUCGAACAAGUCAACUCAGUGCCCUCAGCCAAGUCUGCCUAGACCCAUACUUCCGCACUCUGGAGGGAUUUAUGGUUUUGGUAGAGAAGGAUUGGCUUUCGUUUGGACACAUGUUUCGCCAUCGCUCUGGCCAUUUGAACAGUGAAAAAUGGUUCCAGAUUGAAAAUGAGAGAAUCGGUGGCGACAACAAUCGUGGAUUUGAGGGCAGCGGUGCAGGACAGGCUCUUGAAAAUGCAUUCCGCAGUGCCAAGGGCUUCUUUGGCCGGGAUAACAAUAGCCGCGAUUCAUUACCAGAGUCUGAUGGGGAGAUGCUGAGUUACGAUUCAGACUCACCAGCCACCAAAAAACCCAGUCCACCCCCGCGCUCUGCGGUGUCUGAGAAGGAGGUUACCAAAGUGAAAGAAACAAGUCCUGUUUUCCACCAGUUCCUUGAUGCGACGUAUCAAUUGCUGCAUCAAUACCCAACACGAUUUGAGUUUAACGAGCGCUUCCUUCGCCGCUUGCUGUACCAUCUCUAUUCUUGUCAGUUCGGAACAUUCCUGUUCAACAACGAAAAAGAGCGGGUGGAUACGAAAGCCAAAGAGCGAACUCGCAGUGUUUGGGAUUGGUUCUUGGCUCGAAGGGAACAAUUCACAAACCCGCAAUAUGACCCCCAAGUGGACGACCAUGAACGUGGAAAAGAACGACUAAUCUUCCCUCGUCCCAAUGAUACACGUUGGUGGGCCGAGUCAUUUGGUCGAGCAGAUGCAGAAAUGAACGGACCCAGACAUUCUGAUACGUCACCCAUAAGUGAAUCUGACAGCCCGGAUGUGAAUAAGGCUCCCGUCGUAACUGGAAUUGAGACCGCGCAGGAAAUGGCGUCUACCGGUCCUUCUCGCGCCAAUGCUUCCAACGUUGCAGCAUCUGGACUAGCUGCAGUCACGUCCGGAAUAUCCAAUCUUUCGAUCCUCAAAACCCAUCAAUCCGAACCUAAAGGGGAAGAAAACCAAAAACAGAUGGAAGUGGAGAUGCAAUAA